AGAUGUCUAGGUUGGCAAUUUAACUGGAUCAGUGGAUGUCACUGAGUCUAAAAAACUUGCAAACAAGUUAGAGACAGAGGGGUGACGUGUCUUUGACUUGAUCGCUGAGGACGGAAAGGUCGCCCAUUUUUAUUGUAGUGCUGUUUUAUUUUUACUAACUGCUCCUUUUAUAAUGCUGUAUCAAAUAAGGUUUAUCAUACGCAACAUAUAUCUUGAAAUGAACAAAUAGUGAAAUAGUGAAUUACAUCACUUUCAUUAUUUCAUUUAUGUAUUUCUAUUAUAUGUCGCUAAUAGGUAUUGUCUUUUUAAAAUUUUCAAAUAUGAUUGUUACCGUGCAGUAAAUAAACAUGAAUUGUCCUGUGGGAAACUUUAUUAUUGAGGCCAGAAUGACUGUAAUUGAGCAUCCAUGGAUGUCCAGGCACCUGGAACAGGCUCACUUAUCAGCUGAGUGACAAAUAUGUUGAAGCUAUAGUGUCAUCUUGACCUGAUUUUUCUUCAGCAGUGCCAUCAUCCUUUUAUUAUGAUCCAAUUUGUGUUACUGUAUCUUUACUUACUUUAAGUAUGCUCACUGUUCUACUUUUAGAUAGGAGACAAACAAAAAAAGAAAACCCCCUCUAAGAAAAAGUGGAAAUGAUUCAUUUAGUGGCAGUGAUGCUAAUUCUUGCAUCCUUGGACCAAGCAAAAUCAGAUCCCAAGGUGAGCGGCUGGGAUGACGAAGACUGGAUAGCUGCAGACACAAUCACCAACAAUUACGGAACUAGUGAUUAUUAUAAUCAAACUGGAAAUGUAGAUAGUGCGGGAAUACAAUUUAAAACUGAUAGCGUUUUAGGCGAAGAUGAUCACAUAAAUGUUUUUUUUCUGAACAAGGAUGAUCAAGAAACCGGAAUGUUCUAUAUUCAAUUUAAAGAUGCGAUGGUCAUACAUCCAAACGGCUGCCUGGCUUCAGGCACAGCAAAAUUGUCCGCAGCCGUACCGAGUGAAAAUGAAAAGAUCUGGACCGUUUCCUUUAACGACGAACUAAGGCUAACAAUAGAUGUCAAUGGGGUCAUUCUUUACAACUUUUUGAUGUCAGAAUGUACAGCACGGUGGUGGACAAAUAAUUGGAAAAUAGGCACAGUAUCCAUAGAUAUUGAAUCAAGAGAUUCCAAGGAUAUAGUACUGGACGGUUACAGGGCUUUCUCAAAAGAUGAAGAUUGUGUUGCGGGCCAGUCUCUGGAUCAGUCAACUGGCUGUCAACCCUGUCCGGCAGAUGAAUGGAGUUUAGCAGCAAACGCAGCUUCUACCUGCACGGCAUGUCCAGCUGGCAAAGGGGUAGCCGCUGGAUCAGGAACAUCACAAAGUGCCUGCACAUGGAAAGAUUGUGUUGCGGGCCAGUCUCUGGAUCAGUCAACUGGCUGUCAACCCUGUCCGGCAGAUGAAUGGAGUUUAGCAGCAAACGCAGCUUCUACCUGCACGGCAUGUCCAGCUGGCAAAGGGGUAGCCGCUGGAUCAGGAACAUCACAAAGUGCCUGCACAUGGAAGGAUGACGAUACGAAGACCAAUAAUGAAGAUAAUCACAACUUGUCAGAUGCUGGAUAUAGCAUGACGAUCAGUACAAUUCUAUUUGGUACUUUGCUAUGUGCAAUAAACAUGAUUUACUAAAAGUCACGUUGAAAAUGUUUGAACACCGUAAUUAUAAAACAAAUAAAGACGAAUAUGGAUGAAUAUGGACGGAUAUGGCCAAUAUGCAUGCAUGCAUGAUCCAAUCUAUCAUUAUAUAAUCAUAGCCAUACUAGAGCUCUAGAUUUAAACAUUAAAUGUGUAGCUUUCAGUUUCCUAAUAAAACCGUAUUGGAAAAUUUAUGGAAUUUAAAAUAUCAAUAAUUUUAAACGAAAAACAUUUUAUUUUAAAUAUUUUUAAGAUCCAUACCACAUCUUAUUGUGGCUUAAUAUUUGGUACAUUUGUAUUCUACAGUAUAUAUGGGUAUUGGGCAUAUACUACUACAGUAUAUAUGAAUUAAUUAUACUUAUAGCGUUUCUGUUCAUGUUUAUUGCCCAGCUAUUUUUUUACAAUUAAAUAAGACAUUAGUGCGACACCAGAAGCUACAAUUACAGGUAUUUCACCCAAAGCUUUGUUUUCAGCAUGAUUUGUGCUUGGGCCUGGGUAGAUCGUGUUAUUUUAGUUAUUAUCUAUAUCAUAUCAUCUUUUGUAGCCAUUUUCCUUACGUGUUCACAUGUCAUAAUCAAUAAUCAUGUAUUUUAGUGACUAUAAUAUUUUCUAACACGCAUUAAUAAUCUACUUUCAGCAUAUUUUCACCUCACAAGCAUAAUCAUUGUCACCUAGAUUGCACUGCACUUUUAAUUAGUCCUUUCACGUGCCACAUCACAACUGCAAAACAUCCAAUCAUUUAAUAAGCUUCAUACCUCAUGUUUGUAAUUUAUUUGUCACGUGCCUUUACAUUUAUAUAGCUAUAUAGGAAAGUUAAGAAUCACCUGGCAGUUCAUUUUUAAUCCUUCUCUUUUAAGUUAUCGAGUAUACUAUUCGGAUUCCUUUCUCGUAAAUACUCUAUUUCUCUUAU